AUGGGCAGUCUUCAAGAUCAAGCCUUCAAGAAGGGCCGCAAUGCCUCCACAAUAGUCGAGGUUGGAGGAGCACCAGAUAUCCAAAGUCCAGGCUCUUCUCUUCGUACGAGGAGAGAUGAUACAUAUUUUCAGGCUAUCCGGGCCCAUCCAGCCGCCUUCACGUGGUGUAUGUAUAUCGUCUGGGUAUUGCUCAGCUCGAACUACAUCAAUACUGCGGGUGGUUCAGUUCUGGGAAUUCCUCGUUUCAGAAAGGAUUUUGGUAGCCCAUAUGAAGGCAACUAUGUUCUUCCGGCAGCAUGGCAGUCUGCAUAUUUCGGUGCUCCCUCAGCAGCGGGUGUGUUGGGAGCUAUGGGAUCGGCUACACUCUCAGACAAAAUAGGGCGCAAACCUGUUCUUGGGUUGGGCUUUCUCGUCAAAGCUAUCUCGACCACUCUGCAGGUGGUAGCAACGACCAACUCAGUCUUUUUUGGAGCAAUGGUUCUUAACGGAAUCAGCUCCGGAAUACUUACAACGAUGGCCUUUACCUACAUCGGAGAGGUCGCCCCCAUAGCUUUACGUGGUGUUAUCACGGCAGGUGCACCCAUAGCAAUCUGCUUCGGUGGCCUAUGUGCUGCGAUCCUGGUCAACUACGCAGGAACACAGGAUUCUCGCUGGGCAUACCGAACUGGAUUUGUUUCCGAAUACGGGUUUGUGGUAGUGUCCGCCGUUUUGCUCCCACUCAUGCCAGAAUCACCCUGGUGGCUCGUCGGUCGCGACAAAACGAGUCAGGCGCUCAAAAUGCUUCAGAGACUGAGUUACAGUGAGGUUGAGGCCGAACGACAAGUCAAGACAAUUAUCGAUACACUUGAGAAAUCAAGGAUGGAGACUUCAGGUGCUAGCUAUAUCGACUGCUUCCGUCGAUCCAAUUUACGACGGACUAUCAUAUCCGUCGCUCCUUCGUCGAUCCAAGCACUUUCUGGAGUGGUGUUUGUUGCAAGCUAUUCCACGUACUACCAGCAACUUGCCGGCUUCAGUACUCGAAUGAGCUUCCGUCUCUUUAUUACUCAACAGAUCCUUUCUAUUUUUGGAAACUUUUGCUCCUGGUUUCUGAUUGAUCGAGCUGGAAGAAGGGGCUUGACUAUCUGGGGUGUGGCACUACUUGCGAUCGUGCUUUUGAUUACAGGAGCCCUAGCAGUGGUGGCCACCCCCGGCACAAUCAAGGGUACUGUUGCUUUAAUUUUGCUGUACUGCUAUCUUUACAACGCAACCAUUGGCGCCUCGGCUUUCACCGUCAUGACUGAGACCGCAACGCCACGACUUCGUGCCAAAACGGCAUCUCUUGCCUUUGUUUUCCAAAGUGCACUCUUCACUAUGUGGGGAUUUGUGCUUCCAUAUCUGUUUAACCCAGACAAGGCCAACCUGGGUGCGAAAGUGGCUUUCAUUUUUGGAGGUCUCAGCGUGCUUUGCUUAAUAUACCUCUGGCUUUGUCAGCCUGAAACUACAGGGCUAUCGUACGAAGAGCUCGACGAAUUAUUUAUCAACCGUGUCCCAACCAGGAAGUUUCAGGAUUAUCGCAAGCACCAGACAGCGCAAGCUUAA